UUUAUCAUAUCACGCCAAAGAAGUUUCUGAACUGGGACACAGACGCAUAUUAAUUACAAGAUAUAUAUCAUCCUCUUCAUACAAAAUUCCACGCAACUUCAAGCCAGUGGAGGAAAGAAAAUGUCAAAAUCAGCUUGAUGACCCUGGUAAAGCUUAUGUUGCUUCUAUGCAUGGGAGCAAUGGAAGAGAAAGCACAAGCAGUACGUCUUCCUGAUAAUGAAGAGCUCGUGGAAUACCUACUCAGCGGAGCAGACGAUGGCAAGGGUUCUUCCUUACAUUACCUUUACUGUGUUCUUGUUAGUUUUGAGCGCGGCAGCACAAGCAGGGCUAGGGCGAACUCCUGAUAAUGAAGUGAAAGCACUUCGUGAAAUAGGUGAACAAUUGAAAAAGAAAGAUUGGAAUUUCCAUGUGGACCCAUGCGACAAUGACUCAAGCUGGGUAACAGAACAAUCGGAUUCGAGGCCGUUAUACAACAAUUCUAUCACCUGCAAUUGCUCCUACCCUUAUGGUGUAUGCCAUGUCGUCAAAUUAUUUCUUAAGGGACAGGAUCUAGCCGGUGUGCUUCCACCAUCUCUGGUGAAGCUACCCUACCUGAAGACGGUUACAUUCCUUCGUAACUACCUUAGUGGUAAUAUACCCCACGAAUGGGCUUCUUCGACCGAGUUGGAAUAUUUAGACAUCGGCGUGAACAACGUAUCAGGACCAAUCCCAAGCUUCUUGGGUAGCAUGACCAAACUUACAUUUCUGAGCCUAUCUUCCAAUAUGUUUUCGGGAACUGUUCCCCAUGAGCUUGGAAAUUUGGUUAACUUGGAGAAGCUCAUUCUUAGUGCUAACCAUCUAACAGGAGAGUUGCCAGUUUCGCUUACUAAUCUAACCAAAUUAUCAAUACUUAAAAUUAGUAGUAACAACUUCACUGGGAGAAUGCCUGACUUUUUUCGAAGUUGGAAACAACUUACGAAAUUAGAGAUUCAAGCUAGUGGUUUUGAGGGGCCCAUUCCUUCUAGCAUUUCUAUCUUGAGUAAUUUAACUGAGCUAAGGAUAAGUGACUUACUUGGUAAUGGUUCGGAAUUUCCACCCUUGAAUAGCAUGACAAGAAUGAACAGAUUGAUGUUGAGGAGCUGCAAUCUCUCUGGACCUAUCCCAGCAUACAUUUCACAAAUGACUAAGCUUGUAACUUUAGAUCUCAGCUUCAACAAAUUGGAAGAAAAUGUUCCAGAUUUGAGUGGUCUAUCUUUCUUGCAAUUUAUGUUUCUGACAAGCAACUUGUUCACUGGGAAUAUUCCAAACUGGAUCACUAGCAGAGAUAGUCGCUACCAAAUAGAUCUUUCAUACAAUAAUUUUUCAGAAACCUCUGUGCCACCUACUUGUACAGGAAGCCAAAAUUUUUUUCAGAGCUUUUCUGGACAGGACAACUCAUUACUUGCCAAGUGCCUGAAGAACAAUCCUUGUCCAAAAGAACAAUAUUCAUGGCAUAUAAAUUGUGGUGGAAUUGCAACCACCAUUGGAAACAUUGAAUUUGAAGAGGAUCAAGACCCAGCAGGGGUUGCAAAAUUUGUCCCCGUAGGAAAUAAUUGGGGACUCAGUAGCAGUGGUAAUUUUUGGGAUGUUGACAGUACCUCAAAACAAUAUAAAGCAACUAAUGUAUCAAUACUCAGAAUGAAAAACUCUGAAUUAUACGCGAGUGCACGGCUCUCUCCUCUUUCUCUCACAUAUUAUGCACGUUGCUUGGCAAAUGGAAAUUAUACAGUGAAACUAUACUUUGCAGAGAUAGUAUUCAGAGAUAACAGAUCUUUCUACAGUCUUGGAAGACGGAUAUUUGAUGUUUACAUCCAGGAACAACUGGUCUUGAAGAAUUUUAAUAUUGAAAAUGCUGCUCAAGGUGUUGAUAAAGCAAUAGUUAUGGAAUAUAAAGCAAUUGUGAGGAACAAAGUUUUACGGAUACGCUUUCAUUGGGCUGGGAAAGGGACAACAGCUGCACCACAGAUAGGAACAUAUGGUCCUCUCAUAUCAGCAAUCUCUGUGGAAGCUGAUUUUAGUCCACCUGGAAAUAGCAAGAUGAAGAUAUUAAUUGGAGUUGGAGUUGUGGUAUCAGUGUUAUUCCUCUUCUUUAUGAUUUUAGUCAUUCUUUGGUGGAAAGGCUACAUAGGAGGCAGGAUAUCAAGAGAAAAAGAGCUGCAAGGAUUAGAUCUGCAAACUGGUUUUUUCAAAUACAGGCAAAUCAAAGCUGCCACCAACAACUUUGAUGCUGCAAACAAGCUUGGGGAAGGUGGUUUUGGAACUGUAUACAAGGGUAUAUUGUUAGAUGGUAGUAUGAUUGCUGUUAAGAAACUUUCUUCAAGAUCAAAACAAGGAAACCGUGAAUUUGUCACUGAAAUAGGCAUGAUAUCUGCAUUACAGCACCCAAAUCUUGUUAGUCUGUAUGGAUGUUGUAUUGAAGGAAAUCAACUAUUCUUGGUAUAUGAAUACAUGGAAAACAAUAGCUUGGCACGUGCUUUGUUCGGUUCAGAUGAACAUCGAUUGACAUUGGACUGGCCUACAAGGCAGAAUAUUUGUGUCGGCAUAGCAAGAGGUCUGGCUUUCUUGCAUGAGGAAUCAACACUAAAAAUUGUUCAUAGAGACAUCAAAACCACCAAUGUGCUACUGGAUAGGGACCUUAACCCAAAGAUUUCUGACUUUGGUUUGGCCAAGCUUGAUGAAGAGGAAAACACCCAUAUCAGCACCCGAGUUGCUGGAACAAUAGGAUACAUGGCACCAGAAUAUGCAUUAUGGGGUUAUUUAACCUAUAAAGCAGACGUAUACAGUUUUGGGGUCGUUGCAUUGGAAAUUGUUGCUGGGAAGAACAACAUGAAAUAUCGACCAAAUGAGAAUUUUGUUUGCCUUCUCGAUUGGGGCCUUGUUCUGCAACAAAGGGGUAAUCUAAUGGAGCUGGUGGAUCCAAAAUUGGGAUCAGAGUUCAAUAAGGAAGAGGCAAUUAGAAUGAUAAAAGUAGCACUCUUAUGUACUAAUCCAUCACCAGCACUUAGACCCAACAUGUCUGCAGUAGUAAGCAUGCUUAAAGGCCAAAUAGCUGUUCAUGAACUUGACAUGGAUCCAAGUAUAUAUGGCGAUGUAUUGAGCAUUAGAGCCUUAAAAGAACAGUCUGCUAAGAUCCUACAACAACCAGUGAGCUCAAAUGAAGCUGAGAGCCUUAUUCAAUCAUCAGAUGCAACAUGGGCUGGAUCUUCUUCUAUAUCCACCCAGGAUCUCUAUUCAACAAAUCUGGAUUAUCAAUAAUGCAAGUAUCCACAUCCAUGCAAAAUGCAUGGUGCUUCUGGAGGAAUUUGGUUGACUUGUGAAUAAGAGAAUAUGCUGUAAGUCAUAAAAAGAUUUCACAUCUGGAUGAUAGAAUUUAUUACAUUAUAAGAGCUCAACCCAAUAGUACAUAUAUCUCCAUAAAUAUAAGCCAUAGUUGUCUCUCCAUGUCCUUUUUGAGAAAAGUAGUGUUUUAGACUGCAUUUAUGCGAUCAUUGUGUAUGUAGGCAAAAUGGAAAUGUCAAAAUCAUCUGGAUUAUGACGUCUUUCAUUCUCUUCAAGACUUCAUUGUGACAAUUUAUUUGUGUACUUGGAAUUGUAAUUGGAAAAUUAUGAUAAUUGUAUAGUGAAGCUGAACUUAAUUAGUACCA